CAAAGCACUCAAAAUUCUCUCUUCGUUUUCUACACGCAUACACGGAGCAGUAGCAGUGUAUGCAUAUGCAGAAACCCCUUUCUUUGCCGCUGGCCACGCUCAUGCCGCCACGCCCUUUGGAUUCGACUCGACCCUCAGUGAUUGCCUCUGUGCCCUGAGUGAUGCACCACAGUUUGCACAUACAAUGUCCGCCGAUGCUCCGAACCCCUCGACGCCGAGGACGUCUCCAAAGAGGAUGCGGUUUUGAUAUCCGCAGUUCGGGCAGGGGCCACCCCGCACCUCACAGGGGGAAAACCUCAGCGGGGUGGGAAAAUCGCUGCUAGAUACAACACACACACACACGGACAGUACGCUCACUUACUCCUUGAGGAAGAGGUUCUCGGUGCCGUCCAUGGCCAGGGUCCAGAUGAUGGGCGAGCUGAUGAACAGAUUGAGGAAGGGGUUCACACUCCGCAGCACAGGGAUGAACUCGAACGCCAGGAACGACCACAGCACGGUAGAUAAGAACAUCCACGGCAAAUACACCAUGUAGUUGCGGAUACGAUCUUUCUUCCACGUCACACGACAAACGCCUGAGUGGGUGGACAGACAAGACAGGUGGGUGGGGUGGGGUGGAGAGAGGGGUGGAUGCAGCCAACAGAGUGAGUGCAGUACGAUCAAAACACAGAGAAUGAUUAACGGUCGGACCGCCGGCCACAAGCUUCAAUAAGCGCCCGGCUGCCUGGCUGCCAGGCUGUCCACCCACGUACCUACCUGAAAUCCUACCUGUAUCGACGGCACACUUGGGGUCGCUGGUGACGGCGAUCCGGCUGCCCUGGUUCCUGAGUUCGGCUUUGAGGGUGUCAAAUUCUUCGUCGGUCACGAUGGGCUGCCCCUUCAUGUAUGCCGACAUGGCGUUGAGGAAGAGGGUCUCGUUGCGCGUGAGGAAUAUCACAUCACUGCCCUCCCACGCCAAGUCCUGCUUGAGCAGAUCGAAGUCGCCGUCAGUCAGCGCCUGCCAACCGCUCAAGUAGUACGACUGCAGCGCAUCGAGGAAUACACGCUCCUUUUCAGCUGUCGUCAGCUUGACAGGGUUGCCGCAGUUGUCGAGCCGGACAAACUCCUCCCGGUCCUCUUCCUCACCCGCCUGCAGGUAUCAGAUAGAUAACAGAUUGACAGAUUGGUGAAGUGAAAUGAAUGAAAUGAAGGAAGGGAUAGACGGACACAGUCUCCGCUGAUGCUCAUACCCACUCUCAUGAUGCCAGUCGGCUUCCCAGUGCGGCAGCCGCUGCUCGCAGAAGGUGAGGGUGUCUUCUCAUGCUUGUCGGCUGUUGCCUUGGCUGGGCAUGUGGAGGGGCAUGUAACGAGGGCCGGCAGAGACAUAGUCGGAGGGGCCGUGAGGGCAUCCCAUGUGAUGACAGCGCUGAACGGCAGCGCAGUGAGGUAGACAUACGGCUGCUUGGCGGGGAGGGCCGGCUGAGCGGGCACUGUGGGCAGCACGAGGGCGUGACAGAAAUACGGCAGAUCCGCAGUCGUCACGUUGGGCCCGUUGCCUACACAUACACACACGCAUAAGAAUCACAUGUGAAUUGACCCUCUCUGUGUGUGUUCUGUGACGAUCGGGCGGGCCUGAGUCAAGUUUAGCUUCGUCAAGUCCUGUGUCUCUCUGACGAAGCUAAAAUAUCUAAGCGGGAAAUUUGCAAUCCCCUUGCCGGCUCGUCUCCUCAAAGUUGGCGGACAUUGGCAGGACAUUUGGCGAGGGCAGCUGUUCGUCUUUGCGCGUGGGUGCGUGUGCGAUUGAUCUAUAAGCCUGUUGUCAGAGCCAUUUAUGCGAGAUGGUCCCUCGAUUGGUGGCAUGCACUCGCGUCUCUCCCUGUCUCUCCCUGUGUCUCCACAGCCAGCCACAUACAGGAAUCUUGCACAUACGGCAGACAGGCAGGGAAGCCAGGCUAUGUGUCUCUUAGUUGAUGGCAAGCUUAGCCAUCAUGUUCGUCAGCGAAUCGACGGGGUCGAGUCUCUGGCAUUUCUCCCUCCCCGGCUCUCUCAAGUCGUGAACCUCAGGUGAUCGCUUCCCCACUCGCCUCCUUGGGGCGAUCCUCGCGCGCCGACGACGGGCGAUUUCCUCGGCUUCCUUCCGCUUUCUCCGCUGUGUCUGGGCAGAACUGCUCCAGUCGGGGAUCGGGAGGAGGGCAGGGCGCAUCCGGCUUCCUAAAAUACAUGUGCAGAUUGGGGUGACGGCGGCCUCCCUGUUGGCCGCUCAAGCGCCCGGUCCCAUUGUCGUCGAACCGCACCUCCUCAUCGAACCUCACCGUCUUCUUCUUUUCCCGCUGAAUGGCUGGCUUUGUAGCCGCACUCUUCAAGAUACCCUUCAAAGCCGUCGACCCCUUGGUUGACGCAUGUGCAGCCGACGAUUCCUUUUGCUGCAUCGUUCCCGAAGUGCCGGUCUUGUCACUGCGGAUCGGCAAUGCGGAUCGGCAAUGCCUUCCCCGUGGUCUCGCUCUCAGAGCCGGUCGAGUCCUGCUGCAGCUUGAAGUGUGUCUCUUCGCUGCCGUUGUGGUCAUUGUGGCUUGUGUCCGUCGCCAAUGGAGGUAUGCUGAGCGGGUCUGAGGCCAAGCACAUCGAUCCAUUCAUAUGAUCAUGCCCUGUAGUGACGUGUGGUCGUGAUAAGCUGUUUCUUUUCUGCGACCACCGACAGCACCAGCACUCGUGGCUGUGGAGCGGGGAUCCGCUGAGGUCUGCAUCCAAACAAACACGAGAUGCAGCCGUGUUUCUGCUGAUGUGUCCGUUUGUUGUGCACCGAGCUAAGGUAGCCUUCGCAGGGCAGAACAGAGCCACCAGCGCCCUUCCCAUGGCCAGAGCCUUCUUGUCGCACCAGAGACGGGAGGAGCUGACAGCCAAGAGACAGAGCGCGGCCCACACUGUCAGUUGUCUUGACGACCGGAAGACCCUGAAGCAGGUCCUGGACAGAAACUUCACCGUGAUCGAUGUGCUGGGUCAUAGCUGCCUGAGGCUCAGAGUCUGUCGUCCCCUUGCUGCCUCCGUCUGUCUCUGAGUCAGUCUCCAGCUCGGCCUUGAAGUUCUCUGGUGGGGGCGCGGGCUGCCUCUUCCACAGGCGAUUGUACCAACUUAUCAGUGUAAGAAGCAUGAUUGACGUCUCUUUUUGCCGACGGGGGCUGCAAGGGAAACG